CAAUUUCUAGAACACAUAGCAGUGAAAUGUUUAUCUUUAAUUUAAUAUUAUUGUGAUUAAUACAAUUACAAUCUGGUUAUUUAACGUGAAAUCCAACAUUCGUAGCAACCAUGAACCGAGAAAAAAGGGAGCCGGAGUACCCAACGGAGCUGGAAUCGCAGUUCGUGAUGCGACUGCCCGAAGAGCCUUCGAAAGUGCUGAGAGAAGUGCUUAAAUCUGGAGAAAACUUGAAGAACCGACUGACGAUACAGAUAGAAAAUGAUAUGCGCCAGGGCGAGGUCAGGUUCGACCACUGGCUGAUGCACGCCAAGAUCGUGGACCUCCCCACAAUCAUAGAAUCAUUGAAAACAAUCGACAACAAAAGUUUUUACAAAACUGCAGACAUUUGCCAAAUGAUGAUAUGCAAAGAGGAACCUGACCAACCAUCUACCGAAGAGGAAUCGCCAGCAAAAAACAAGAAAAAAGAUCCCUACAAAGUAGACAAGAAGUUCCUAUGGCCCCACGGUAUCACGCCUCCUACUAAAAACGUGCGCAAGCGACGAUUCAGAAAAACGUUGAAAAAGAAGUAUGUUGAAGCUCCAGAGAUCGAAAAAGAAGUGAAGAGGCUACUGAGGGCUGACAAUGAAGCUGUCAGUGUUACCUGGGAGGUCAUCAAAGAAGAGGAUGAUCAUCCCAAACAAGAACAGAAUGUACCCAUCAACGUCAAGCCUGAGAAGAAGACUAAAGCUGAGCGUAAUCCUAAAAGAGAGUCUGUUUCUGUUGAUGUGUCAAACCAGGAAUCCUCCAACGUUGUGGACAUAUUUGGAGGAGCCGUCAGUGACUCUGACUUGGAAGAUGAUAACAUCAAUGUUGAGAUGGAAGACAGCAGACUGUCGGCUUAUGACAGCCGCUUAUCAGACACUAACUCCAUGCAUGGUGAGGGACCAUCAAAGAGGGAGCCUCUACCAACCCAAUUCCGCUCACACAUGUUCCAAUCUCCACAAGAAAUGGCUCCAAAAUCAUUCCCAAGCCACAGUCGAGCAACUACACCAGCUGCAUCUGGCAUGUCCAAGAGUGGAGGCUUAUCUUCUGAGGAUGAUGGUGAUUACCAACCAAGAGACAUGUCUAAGGAGAAUAUGUCAACAAGGAUUGAGCAGCUGAGCACUGAACUUGAGGAGUUGAAACAGAGGCGACAGAGAACUCAGCAUGAGAUCGCUGGAAUGGAGAACUUGGCUCUGAGACAGAGAUUCCAGGAUAUUCUGCACACACUCAACCAGGAUAUCAUGUACAAGGAGAUGGAAUAUCAAGGCCUCAUCACCCUGCAGAACUCUGAUGAUAUCUAGGAGUAACUUUGUUAGAUAUAUGUAAAGGUAUAUCUAACAAUAAAUAAAUCCUGAAUGAUGGUGUGUUAGCUCUGUAAGAUGGAUUUGUUAAGCUGUAUACUUUUAUGUUUUAAGCAAAAUAGAAAUACUGAUUAAAAUAUAAGUACUAUGAAAAUGUAACACAAACUUUAUAAUUAAAAAUGUGAAUGCUAUUAUGUUUAGGCCAAAUUGAUUGAAUAAAGUUAUUA